CGGGCAGCCCUUUUUAAGAGAAAAGCCAGGACCGGUGGAAUAGCAACCCCUCAGCAGUGCUCUCUGUGCUGGGCGGCAGGACCAGAGCUGCAGUUAAGGCACCAUGAGCGAGCGACAAGGUGCUGGGGCAACCAAUGGAAAAGACAAGACAUCCGGCGAAAAUGAUGGGCAGAAGAAAGUUCAAGAAGAGUUUGACAUCGACAUGGACGCGCCAGAAACAGAGCGCGCGGCGGUGGCCAUUCAGUCUCAGUUCAGAAAAUUCCAGAAGAAAAAGGCGGGGUCCCAGUCCUAGCAGGGGAGCCCCCUCCUCGUCAGCCAGAAGACACCGAGCGCAACCAUCAUCUGUGGAGAAAUUAGAGAAAACGCCCUAGAGAGAGAUCACCUGCCCACAGCCCACACGCACAGAGGCCCCACGUUGCAUGUACAGAGACCCCACCACUCUCCCCCUCUUAGCCAGGCAUAGUAGACGAGGCAGCUGUGAGCGGCUUUAUGUCUGUGUUCCUCUCCGAUACCAUCCCCUGCAACUGCUCCCCCUGACGUUGUAAUAAAUGGAGUGAAGAUGC